AUGCCUGCCGCCAUCUUGGCCGCCGGGAGUUCCAAAAUGGCCGUGGAGCUCCUGAUUGCUGCGCUGUUGUUUAUGGGGAACUCGCUCACGUUCUCGAAAGCCCAGUCGCCGUCCGAAGAAAAUUGUGGAACUGGACCACUGGUGAAUGUGUUGACAGGGUCUCGGAUUAUAGGGGGUACAGAAGCCCAAAUUGGUGCAUGGCCAUGGAUAGUUAGCCUCCAGAUUCAAUCUGGCAAUAUUGUUGCUCAUGUAUGUGGGGGAAGCUUAGUGAAACAGAGGUGGGUCCUCACUGCUGCCCACUGCGCUAAAGAUGCUAGAAAUCCUUUAAUGUGGAGAGCAGUAAUUGGAACUAAUAAUAUUUAUAAGCACUAUCGUUUCACUAAGAAGAUGAAAAUUAAAGCUAUCAUUGUCCAUCCAGAUUUUAAUUUGGAAUCUUAUGUAAAUGAUAUUGCACUUUUUCAUUUAAAAAAAGCAGUGGAGUAUAAUGCCUAUAUUCAACCUAUUUGCCUACCUUUUGAUGUUUUCCAAAACCUGGACCGAAAAACAAAAUGUUUCAUAGGUGGUUGGGGAAGAACAGAAGAAGAAGGUAAUGUUACAGAGAUCUUACACCAAGCAGAAGUGCAUUAUAUUUCUAGAAACAUUUGUAAUGCUGAGAAGAGUUAUGCGGGAGCAGUUACUAACACCUCAUUUUGUGCAGGUGAUGAAGAUGGAGUUUUUGAUUCAUGCAGGGGUGAUAGUGGUGGACCAUUAAUGUGCUACUUACCAGAAGAUAGACGAUAUUUUUUAAUGGGAAUUACAAGUUAUGGACAUGGCUGUGGCCGAAAAGAUUUUCCUGGUGUCUAUUGUGGGCCAGCCUUCUACAAAAAAUGGUUGACAGAUCACUUCAAUGAAGCAAGUGGUAAAAGCAUAUUCAAUAUAAAUAUUCUAUUUGGGCAGGUCCUUAUAGGCUUAAUUUCUGUUGUCUUCCUAACAACUACAUAA